AUGGAUAUCUUAACAAAUCCUCACAUGUCACCUAAAAAUUACUUCCCAUGGCCGUGCUCUGAUUUACACAAGUUCUCAAGUGAGCAGCGAGCAGAACCUGUGCCCAUGGGACCUGCGGUGGAACUAUGGAAGGAAACAGAGAUGGCCAAAACGAGAACUAAGUACGAGAAGCUAAGGGAGAAGAUAAUGUUAUGGGAGGACAAGAAGACGAAAAAGGCUAAGAGAAAUCUUCAUAGAACAGAGAGAGGUGUAGAGAAGACAAAGCUGAAGGCGCUGCAGAGAUAUACCGAAGAUAACGAACGCAUUGAGAUCAUAGUCGCGAGUGCAAGAGAGCAUGCAUAUGAGAGACAGAUGAAGGAAGAGCUAAAGGUCAAGGAGAAAGCAAACCUCAUGAGAACAAGUGGGCGUAGCCCAUCUACAUGCCUCUGAAUCCAACAAAGUUGUAAAGCCAAAACAUUCUUUCUUAACAAAGCUUAAAUGAAGACACACAAUUAAUGUGUUUAUUUAUA